UAAAAUGAAUGAAAUAUCAAUACAAAUAAAGUUUUAUUUUACACUUAAAUCCGACCUCCAUCUUCAGGUGUACUGGCUCCUCCCCUUCAGUCUUGCACAGGCGUCCCGGCUCCUCCCCUUCAGGCUUGCACAGGCGUCCAUGGCUCCUCCCCUUCAGGCUUGCACAGGCGUCCCGGCUCCUCCCCUUCAGGCUUGCACAGGCGUCCCGGCUCCUCCCCUUCAGGCUUGCACAGGUGUCACGGCUCCUCCCCUUCAGUCUUGCACAGGUGUCCCGGCUCCUCCCCUUCAGUCUUGCACAGGUGUCCUGGCUCCUCCCCUCCACUCUUGCACAACUGUACCAGCUCCUCCCCUUCAUGGAGGCUCAGCAUGUGGGUGUUACUUAUGCAAAUACAGACUACCU